AUGUCAGCUGAAGUUGCAAUUAAGAAGUUCUCCUUCCCCUUCUCCUGUGCUGCACGCCUUUCCCAGCAAGAUGAGGUGACCCAGGAGGGAUGUGUACAGGUGAAGGCCCUGGAGCUUCAUGCCUUCCAGAAGAAUCCAGUCUUAAACAAACUGAACACUGUUGCAGUUAUAGGAGCUCUAGUCCAUAAUGAGAAGCAGGCUGAGGGGAGUCCAAAGCCUCCAGCUGCCCAGGUCUUGGCCUGUACAGACGCAUCCCAGGGUGCCGUGCUCCCCAGGCAGAGCAUGUUUGAGAAACUGACUGCUGAGAGUGAGGAUCAACGUCCUGUUGCAAAGAGACAGCUGUCAUCUGAAAGUGCAGCCAGACCCAUCACAAUGGUGAAGAAGAGCGCAGUGAGGAAGGAGGCAGAGGAGCAGAGGCACCAGAAAGCAAAAGCACACCUGGGACAAAAGGUGACAUCAUGCACUACAGCAACAGGGAAGAGGAGGCAUCAAAAAGACCUUUUCACCAGCUCUGAGGUCUUCCAUAGGGUUGAUACACAUGUCAUCAGGACGGGAGCAGAGCUGAAGGAAAAGCGCGUGUACGAUGUGAAGACAAUAGUACAGAGAAUCACACACGGAGCCAGAAAUGAGCUGGAGAGGCUUCGUGCCAUCUGGCUUUGGCUGUGCCACAACAUUGAGUAUGAUGUGAGCGGGUACCUCGGCAGCUCAGAGAAACUGAGUUCCCCAGAGGAGGUGAUUGCGGCCGGUCGGGGUGUGUGCUCCGGCUACUCCAGCCUCUGCACAGAGAUGUGCAGAGAGGUGGGCAUCGAGUGUGAAGAAGUGCCAGGUCACAGUAAGGGAAUCGGGUACCGCCCGGGCCAGAGCCUCAAGAAUGUGAAAUCCGAUCACCUGUGGAACGCUGUGCUUCUGGGGGGACAGUGGUUCCUAUUGGACGCCUGUUGGGGAGCAGGACGAGUUGAUAUGGAACAUAAAAGCUUCGUUAAAAGGUUUGAUGAUUUCUAUUUCCUUACGGACCCAGAGGAGUUCAUAGACUCACACUUCCCCGACGAGGAGAAAUGGCAGCUCCUGGACAGGCCCAUUUCCCUGGAGGAGUUUGAGAGAAAGGUCUUCAAGACCUCGGCCUUCUUCACCAUGGGGCUCAGGCUGAUUCAGCCUCAUCACUUUCACAUCAUCACAGAUGAUGGUGAAGCAAAUGUGUCCCUGGGCUUCCCCAGACCUGUCACCUUUACCUAUGAGAUCACCCAGCACCAGGACCUCCUCCACUGUGGAGCUUCAGAGCAGAAAGAGUCCAUCAGUUCCUCCUUCGGCUUCCUAACCGUUUCCUAUCGAAGCAUGAAGCUGCAGCUGCUGCCUCCUGCAAGCGGCAUAUAUGAUGUGAAGGUGUUUGCCAGACCUGAAAUGGCCACCACACCUUUGGUCUGGGUCUGUUCCUUCAUAGUCGAGUGUCCAAUGCCCCGGGCCAUGGAGGAGAUCCCAGAGAACCCCUUCAUGUCUUGGGGCCUGCAGUCUUUUGCAGGAUCUCUGGGCAUCAUAGGAAGCAGCCAGGGCAGCGAGGCUGCUGAGGCGGAAGAAGGUGUCUUUGAGUUGGCGUUAAAAACAUCCAGGCCUCUGAUGGCACUGUGUGAACUGAUCCACCCAGGGCUGGAAGCUGCUGUAGCCAAGCGCUGCCUGGUUACCCAGGUUCAGCCAGAUGUACUGAGGUGCCAAGCCCUGUGUCCACUGCGUGGCUUCUACCGGCUGUCAGUGUUUGUGCGGGACAAUGAGAAAACAGAUGACAAGUUCCAGAAUGUUGCAAACUUCCUGUUACACUGCAAAGGGAAGGUGGUGGGACUGGAUGAACUCUUCCCUCCUAACCUGAGCUCAGUGUGUGGUCCAGGAACCCGAACAUCAGAGGCAGGGCUGUGCAAAUUCAGCCACACAACUGCACUGGUCAGCACACAUCAAGGCAAGUGCAACAUUACCUUCCACAACAAUCAAGACCUCAAGCUUCAUACUGUGCUCAGCAGAGAAGAGAACAAAACAACGGCUUUUCCACUUUCACGCCACCUGUUCUGCACAUACACAGACACCAAGGUGACGGUGAGCGUCAGCCUCCCUGAGGCUGGCAUGUAUCGGCUCGGCCUAUACGCCAUGACCACCCCUGGUAGUGAUUUCAACCCCAUGUGUGACUUUGUUCUGAGGAACAGCUGCAGUGAGCCAAUGCCUCCAUUCCCCUGUGUCUACGCAGCCUGGGGUAAAGGCUGUGUGCUCUUUGAGCCUCGUGUAGGCCUGCUGGAGCCCCUCUCCUGGGUCCGCUUCAGGGUGAGAGUCCCUGGGGUCCAGAGAGUAAGCGUGGUGGGAGAGGCACGGACUGAUCUGAAACUAAACAAGAGCAGAAUCUGGGAGGGUGAGGUUUUCAGUGGAAAUGGUCUCCAGCAACUGAAGCUGGCUGCUUCGUCAGGGAAGGCCAGUGACUUGGCUGUUUUGAUGACCUUUGACAUCGAGCAGUUGGACAGAGAAGUGUGA